GUUGUCUAGCUUUGCAGAAAGCGGUAGACCAAAGUACUUCCAACUAUCCCCACUUUACUUUGCCGUGGGAGUCGCUCCCGGUUUUCACGGGGGUUUAAAUUCCUUUAAAUUAACUACCUCGGGGUACAAAUUCUUAUGAAUGUCUUUUGCGAGUCAUUUGGGACUCCGCUGGAGCUAAUGUGUCAAGGCGGCCGAGCAACGGUUUCCAUUCGCGCUCUGUUAUGAUGGCUACUAGCUAACAGGCUAGCUGGUUCGUAGUAGUACGAGGGGCUUGAUGCUACUGUAACGAAGGCGACCAUUACGCUGAUAAUUCUUCCCAGGACUCUCUGUUAAGGCUGACCGACAGCCGGGGCGUUGGCUAUCACGACAAGGAGCCUCCUGGGAUGUCACAAUAGCAUCAACACCCAGCGGAUUACUCAUCAUGCCGUUAGAAAUUGUGGAAUGUUUUCCUUCACAAGAUAAUGCACGUCGCUCCGCACUUGUACCGCUGAGAUCCUGAGUCCUGACAUCGGGAUUUCUCCUUCCGCCGCCAUUCUCGGAUGUCUUAUCUCGUCUGUGUCUUUUACUAAGACAUUAACUAUGUAUCUGCUGGCCGCCUGGCCGUGGUAAACGUUAGCGCGAAGUGGUGCGAACAGCGAAGAAAAACCAAACUCAAAGAAGGAAAGAGGGAAAUCGACAACAUGGCUUCGGUUUGGAAGCGACUACAGCGUGUUGGGAAGCACGCCUCCAAGUUCCAGUUCGUGGCGUCCUACCAGGAGCUCAUGGUGGAAUGCACCAAGAAAUGGCAACCAGACAAACUGGUGGUGGUUUGGACGCGUAGGAGUCGACGGAAAUCCUCCAAGGCUCACAGCUGGCAACCUGGCAUCAAAAAUCCCUACCGAGGUGUUGUGGUGUGGCCCGUACCGGAGAAUAUUGAAAUCACAGUCACGCUCUUUAAGGAUCCACACGCUGAGGAAUUUGAAGACAAAGAAUGGACCUUUGUCAUUGAGAACGAGUCCCCGUCUGGCCGACGCAAGGCCCUGGCCACCAGCAGCAUCAACAUGAAGCAGUACGCCAGCGCCAUGCCCACGCAGACGGACGUCAAGCUCAAGUUCAAACCGCUUUCCAAGAAGGUCGUGUCGGCCACGCUGCAGUUUUCCCUCUCCUGCAUCUUCCUGCGGGAGGGCAAAGCCACCGACGAGGACAUGCAGAGCCUCGCCAGCCUGAUGAGCAUGAAGCAGGCCGACAUCGGCAACCUGGAUGACUUCGAGGAGGAGAACGAGGAGGACGAGGAGAACAGGGUCAACCAGGAAGAGAAGGCGGCCAAGAUCACAGAGCUGAUCAACAAGCUGAACUUCCUGGAAGACGUGGACCGCGAGACGCACCCGGCAAUGCUCGCUAACCCUUUUGACGAGCCCGAAGAUCACCUGCCCGAAGCCAACCACCUCAAUCCGUUCGGCAAUCCCGACGAGGACGAACCUCCUGAGCAGCCGUCUGCUUCACGGGCCAACGAAUCCUCCGAUGUCUCUAAUCCAUUCGACGAACCCACGGAGGAGCCCCGCGACGCAACAUCGGGGAACCCUUUCGAAGAGCCGGAGCGGGACGAAGUCCGAUCUCAGUCAGAGCCGGAGCCCCCGAAGGCUCGUCCCAGGAAAGGGGCGCGACCGGUCGACAUGAACAAGUACUUGUACGCCCACGUUGGACAAAAUGACGAGGAGGAGCUUGAUGAGUCCAACCCCUUCUACGAACCAAGCCCCACGCAGAGCCCUGCUCUCCUGGACGCGGGCGGCAGCCAGAAGAAGAGAGCUCCCGCGCCACCAAGCCCGUCGGGCCCCGGCCUCCAUCCCGCCACGCUUGCGCCUGAGAUCUGUUCCCGCCAGGACGGGGAGAAAAAAACCUUGCCGGUUGGGCCAAGCCCCGUGGCGUCGGUCAAGGGGAGAGAAAUGGCCUCCUCGUCCCCCAAGCCUAGCCCGAUCCCAAGCCCAAUCCUGGGUGGGAAGCCCAACGCCAGCCAGUCGUUGCUGGCUUGGUGCCGCGAGGUGACGCGCAACUACCGCGGCGUGAAGAUCACCAAUUUCACCACGUCCUGGAGGAACGGCCUGGCCUUCUGCGCACUGCUGCAUCACUUUAGGCCCGACGCCAUAGACUACAAGUCGCUCAAUCCUCAGGAUAUUAAAGAAAACAACAAAAAGGCGUACGACGUGUUUGCCAGCCUGGGCAUCUCCCGCCUUCUGGAGCCGUCGGACAUGGUGCUGCUGGCCAUCCCAGACAAGCUGACGGUGAUGACCUACCUCUACCAAAUCCGGGCGCACUUCUCGGGCGAGGAACUCAACGUGGUUCAGAUCGAGGCCAACAGCAGUCGCAGUACCUACAAGGUGGGAGACUUUGAGACCGACACCAACGCCUCCAUCGGACAGGACAAGUUCUACGCCGAGCUCAACGAUGUGCAGCCGCAGCCCGUCCACGACGGCAUAUCGGAAGUUUCCGAAACCGCAGAAGUCCCGCCGGUGAAGGUUGACAUCGCAGCGCCGUCGGCCACCUCGCAAACAGCGGCGCCCCGGCCGUCCUCGCCGCCUUUCCCGGCGGCCGUGACAUCAUCGGGGUCCAACCUCCUGAAAGCGAAAACCUUGGACCUUUCCGACCUACCGCAGAAGUCGGAUGCCGAAAGGCCGCAGCAAAGGAGCCAGGCCGCGGGAGAACAGAGCUCCUCCGUCACCCUUACGGGGGGUCAUCCCUCCUCUCUCUCGCCCACUCAUCAGAAACUCGGCUUCUCCUACAACAGGGACGCCGACCUCAUCAAAAAGAAGAGGGCCAGCCUGCGCCACUCGGAAUCGGAGCCCGUGUCCGACACCGGCACGGCCGUCAAUCAUACGGAGGCGCUAACCAAACAGGAACCGGCACCUGCCCCUGUUUCCAGCCCUCCUAGUGAGAAGAAAACCUUAUCCCGUCAGGAGGAGCUGAAAGAGCGAGCCCGGCUGCUCCUGGAGCAGGCCCGCCGCGACGCCGCCAUGAAGGCCGGCAAUAAGAGCGUCCCCAACGCGGGCGUCGCCGCCACAACGGGCAGAGGCUCCAAUGUCUGUGAUGAACAUGAUGCCGAGCGGCGGCGGCAGCUGCGUGAACGAGCCAGGCAACUGAUCGCGGAGGCUCGAUCCGGAGUCAAGAUGUCCGACAUGAACCUGGACGUGUCGGCCGGCAGCGCUUUGAAGGGCGGAAAGUUUCCAAGCCUUGCUGCAGAUAUGUUGGAUGAUGAAGAGGGUUGCCAUGGCGACGAUGGCUUUGAUAGUAGGAAGGGUGAGGACGUCAAUGUGAAGGGUGACUCUGUUGAGAGCGCAGCUUCUUCGUCUGACCUGGCCGCUAACCCACUGGAGGCGCCUCCAUCCAGCUGCAGCCGGGGGCCUCCGGAGUUUACUAACCCCAGCUCUGAGUUAUCACCCUCGGGUGGAAACAGCAACCUGAAACUGAAGAAGCUGAGCGAGGUCCGACCCAGUUCCCUCACCGCCGGCCCUUCAUCGCCGUCCUCCUCUUCUUCCUCAUCUACGCCCACCGCCACCUCUUCCUCCUCCGCCUCGCCGCUCAGCCCUGGAGACGGAGGGGAGAAUAACGCGGAGCAGUUGCGGGCAGAGAGACUGCGCCGGGCCACCGAGAGGCUGCGCAGCCCCGUGGUCUUCAACAAGGACUCGGCAGUCAGAAAGACCCAGCUCAAGUCCUUCAGUCAGUACGUGGACAACCGUCCAGAGGUAAAAAGGCAGAAGUCUGCUCCGGAGGACCCAAAGAAGGCCGAAGAGGAUGACUGGUUGCAGACGGAGCUCGACAUCUUUCGACCGUUUGAGGAAGAGAAAGCGUUCAAAGACACCAGUCAGUAUGUGGUGGGCGAGCUGUCGGCGCUAGAGAGCGAGCAGCGGCACAUCGACGCCCGGGCGGCUCGCGUGGAGAAGAGGCUGCGCUAUCUCAUGGACACAGGCAACAACAAGGAGGAGGAGGAGGCCAUGAUGCAGGAGUGGUUCAUGUUGGUCAACAAGAAGAACGCCCUCAUCAGGAGACAGAACCAACUCUCUCUGCUGGAGAAGGAGCACGACCUGGAGAGACGCUUCGAACUGCUCAACAGAGAGCUCAGAGCCAUGCUGGCCAUCGAAGACUGGCAGAAGACGGAAGCCCAGAAACGUCGUGAGCAGCUGCUGCUGGACGAGCUGGUCCUUCUGGUCAACAAACGGGACGCGCUGGUCCGGGACCUGGACGCCCAGGAAAAGGAGGCCGAGGAGGAGGAUGAGCACCUGGAGAGGACGCUAGAGCAGAACAAAGGCAAGAUGGCCAAGAAAGAGGAGAAGUGCGUCCUUCAGUAACAACAUCAAGAGCAACAAGAACAAAAAGAUUGUACAUAUGCGGCCUCCUGCCAAGUUGUUUGAUGGUUUUACAAUUUAUGCUUUAAAAGCGGUACUUUUACAGGAUUUUUAUGGGUGUCGUGCUGCAACUGGAACGCCCCAGGUACAUAAAUGCUUUUCUUUCAUUUCCAACUUUGAACAGUGAGCAGGUGGACUUUUUCUUUUUUUUAAAGAGGAAAGAAACGUUCUUUCUUCUUCAUUCACUUUACAACUUUUUACUGUAAAAUAUCUUCAAUUGUCCAUACCUGAUAGUGUUUUUAAUGAUUAUUUUUUGUUCAAAAGCAGUUUACCAAAAAGAAAGACAUUUCCCCCCUCAAAAAACAUUUCUUGUAUAUUUUUAUCAUAAAAGCUUCAGUCUGCUUUUUUCCUUUAAGAGUCAUGCAGUCAAAUUGAAAAAAGUUUUAUUUAUUGUUCUAUGAGCUGCUUGUAUGUGAAACUGCCAUCACAUUCUUUUCCUGUUUGGAUUAGUAUUUAUUGAGAUUCGCUUCCACAUGCAUCUUGUAUGAGCUCACCACAUCUUCAGUUUUAUUUAUUCCACUGGCUUCAAGACCAACCUUCAAUAAACUUCUUGUACGCGUGUCAUACUCCACUAGAAA